AUGACCGUAGCGUUCCCAUGCAGGCUUUGCGGCAAGAUCUACGCUCACAAAUCUUCAAUGUAUACUCAUCUACGAUUAUGUGGCAAAGAGCCUAAAUUCAGCUGCGUUCUUUGCGGCAGGAGAUUCAAGUACAAACACAGACUGCAGUCACAUCUUACGUCGAAUCCUAUUUGCGGAAGACGUGGAUCUGCUUCCAGUGUGCGAAACCCCAAAGGACCGAAGGUGUGCAGCGUAUGGAGUAUAUCUUCCAAUGAGUUCAAAGAUACGGAUUUUUUAAAAAUGAGAAGCUUUACUGACUCCAUGAUUUUCUCAACGAACUCAAACAAUCAACGACUGAUGUAUUCGUGCAACGUAUGUGGCAACGAAUAUACAUGGAUAAGCAGUUUACGUCGUCAUCAAUUGCAGUGCGGGGACGAGAAUAACAGAAAAUUAAACUUCGUGAUAUGUCCCGAUUGCGGAAGAAUUUGCAAAGAUGACACUCAUCUACUACGCAGAGAAUGUAAAAAGGAACGCAAUUUUAUCUGUUCGACAUGUGAUAAAGCUUUCAGACGGAAGUAUCACUUGCAAAGACACAUGUAUCUAAAUCUCCCGAAACUGAUCGUGAAGAACAUACAGAAGCUGAAAUACGCGAAGAAGCCAGUAAUCUACAAAUGCACAAGAUGCACCAAGAGUUAUCAAUUGGAAACAUCCUUGCGAAGACAUCAGAGAUUGGAGUGUGGUGUCCAUCCCAAGUACAAAUGCAUAAUAUGUGGCAAACAAUUUACGCAUAAAUUUGUAUUAACUCAUCAUUUAGCGUCCUGCAAGAAAAAAACAGCUUGGAAUGGGAUAUGGUAA